GUUGUUGCGGUGCGUGUAGCUUGGCGCUAACAGUCGGAAAGAUGUCUGCCUCUCUCAGGCUCCUGAAAUGCCGUCUUUCACCUCUCUGGUCGGCCGGGUUCACUUCACAGCUCCGGAGGAAUCAUCCGGUCCGGUGUCUGUUGGGAGGACGGCGGUUAUCACACACUCAAAGAGCAGAAAACCUUCGACCACUGGAGGGCGUCAGAGUGUUAGACCUGACAAGAGUUCUGGCGGGUCCCUUUACCACCAUGAUCCUGGGGGAUCUGGGAGCUGAGGUGAUCAAAGUGGAGAGACCAGGUGCGGGUGAUGAGACCAGAUCCUGGGGUCCUCCGUUUGUCGGCACUGAAAGCGCCUAUUUCCUCAGCGUCAACCGGAACAAAAAGAGUAUUUCUGUGGACCUGAAACAUCCCAGAGGAGCAAACAUCAUCCAGGAGCUGGCAGCAGUGUGUGAUGUGCUGGUAGAAAACUUCCUCCCAGGGAAACUCGAUCUGAUGGGUUUAGGAUACGAGCAGCUGAGCAGACUGAACCCUCAGCUCGUCUUCUGCUCCAUAUCAGGUUAUGGACAGACCGGUCCUCAGUCUCAGAGUCCAGGCUACGACUCCAUCGCCUCCGCCGUGUCAGGGAUGAUGCACAUCACCGGGCCAGAGGAUGGUGAGCCGGUGCGUCCGGGCGUCGCCAUGACAGACCUGUCAACGGGGCUGUAUGCACACGGAGCCAUCAUGGCUGCCCUGCUGCAUCGACACAAGACGGGGAGGGGAGUUCAUAUCGACUGCAACCUGCUGUCGUCUCAGGUUUCCUGUCUCACCCAUAUUGCCUCUAACUAUUUGAACGCGGGGAUGGAGGCGAGGCGCUGGGGGACGGCCCACGGGAGCAUCGUACCUUAUCAGGUUCUGGAGCUGAAGGAGCUCAAAGACGAACCAAAAUACAAAACCAACAAGCUGAGAGUCCAAAACCGCAAACAACUGCUGGACAUACUGUCCCAGAGGCUUCUGCAGGAGAAGACAGCUGAUCUGCUGAGGAGGUUUGAGGGCUCAGGUGUUCCUGUUGGACCAAUCAACAGCAUCCAGGAAGUCUUCUCUGAUCCACAGGUGAAACACAACGGUCUCAAACUGAAGAUGAAGCAUCCGACAGCAGGAGACAUCACUGUCACUGGUCCGGCGGUUCGCUUCAGCAGUUUCACCCCCGACGAGCCGACGCCCCCUCCUGUGAUUGGCCAGCACACUGUGCAGGUUCUGCGAGACACCUUGUCCUACAGUGAUGACAUCAUCAAAACACUGCUGGAUUCUGGCGUAGUGGCCCAGAAUGAAUUGUCCUGAUUGGCUGAAAAAGCAGGUGUCCAUCCUGCUGAGUCAACAUUAGUGUUAUACACCGCUGACUCAGCAUUUUAUUAUUAUUAGCAUUAUAAUUAAUAUUGUUUUUCUGCUAACUCGCCGCUGAAUUAUAACCAAACACAGCCAACACGUUCGAUCUGUGCUGAGAAUAAAAACGCGCCAUCGUUAAAAACUGGAUCAAACAAAAAAAAGCUAAAUUGCACUAAACAAGCGGGAUUAUUCGUGAUCGGAUCAUCACACCGAAUCAAGUUUACUGAAAACUGAAGAAUCCGACUGUCUGCUGAAAAUGAGCUGAAACUGAUCUGCUGCUCUUUGAACUUUUCUUUAGAAAAACAUGAAACAGAGAAUAAUCAGAAUAAAUCAAAUCGUGCGUCUCCGCUCUGAAGGAACAGUUUGUACGAACUUUUCAAUAAAACAAUGUUUUUAUUUUGUGAGUGAAGGAUCAGAAACCUCUCGCAGACCUGAUGAUAAUAAACUAAUGACUAACAACCUC